AUGUCUACCAUUCCGCGACGCGAAUUCUCCCUCCAGCUCGAUACCGCGACUCCUACGCCAAGUGCAACCGCCUCGAGUACCUUUACUACACCUACACCUACAGCCCUUAACAACACCUGCUCUUCGAGCAGUGACUCUGCGCCAUUUGCACCUGCUGGUAGCUUAGGCGCAGAAUCAACCACGCAUUUAGACACAGGUACAGCCAUUGGUAUCGGAGUGGGUGUCGCAGUACUCGUCGUCUUGAUGAUAGGCGUUGGCUUUUGGUUUUUCAGAAUAAGAAAAGGACAACAGCCCAUUACAUCGCCCGAAGCACCUCCUACUACCCGCGAUCGGUCCGCAUCGACUGCGACCAAAUGGACGAUAGACAAUGAUCAGCGGACUCUUGUUGCUUCCAUGCCCAACAGCCCGCAGCAUGCAAUAUUCGCUGCGCAAACGCCGGGACUGCCUUCAGAGUUCUACACCACACCGGGGAAAGUUAUGGAGGACGAGGAGAAGGUAGAAGGGGAGAAGGAGAUUGCGGAAAACAGGCAACGGGAUGUUAGGAACCAGAACGACCAGACACCAAGAAGCCCAGUCGACAAGGUUCUUCCGGUCCCACCUACUGAGGAGAGGCGUUAUGCGAUCAACGUCAACAUAAACAAGAGCAUGAUAUUCGAUGAUGUCAUGUUCAACGCUGCCAGUUACGCUGCAAGCCCUGUCUCAACACCACAUGAGCGUGUCCCAAGAUAUCGCUUCGAGGAGUACCUUCCACCAGUCCCACCAAGUAAUCCUCGGAUCUCCAUCACGAGGACACAGGACAGGCCAUCAAGUACGAUCAGCUCGGAGUAUGAGCUCGAGAACUACCCACACGGCAGCGGCUACACUGAGUCAAACAGAAACUCCAAGUCGGACGCUGGCAGCGAAUAUAGCGAGUCGCAAGGUUCUGAUCCCAGGGGUAAUGCUCUAUCAAAGCUCGAAGGCGGCCUCUCGUUACCUGAGCUCGCACCACCAAGUCCUAGCCUUAGCUUCCGCUCUUACGACUGGUACCAGGAUAUCAUUGGCGGUGACCAGUCUGCUGUUGAACAGCCAGCUGAAUUGCCAAUAACUCCAGAACUACCAACCCGGAACCCAGCAAGAGGCGUAAACCCACUCUUUUCGAAUCCUCCAGACAUCGAUUCCAGCUUGAUGCCAGAACCACUAUCACCAGCAUUUCCUUCACCUGUGGCAAGCUCACACCUACACCCGAGUUCAGCCAGACUAUCUUACUUACCAAGUCCCACCAACCCAAACUUUCGCUUAUCACCGACCGUAUACCAGAUGCCAAACCCCAACCGAGUAUCGAAAUCAGUACCGAGUCUACCCAGCACCCGUCCUAGCACAACGACCCAAAAGAGCCACUACUCGAGGAGUUGGCUGCCGGACGAUGGAUUGUACCUCCCUGAAGAGGGCACAGAGGACUGUUUUGAAGUCUUCAAGCGCGAGAGAUUGGCGAGUAGACCGACGAGCUACUCGCCUCUCGCCUAGUCCCACUUAAACGCGUAUACUGAUACGACUAUCACUUUUCCUUUCUUGUUGUACUAUAUGCGACGUCUUUGAACGCGCUUGCCUUUGUUUAAUCAGAUACCAGGCGUUCCGACUUUCAGCCAAUCGUUCGUUAAAUUUCCUUGGGGGCUUUUGGAGGUGUGGAGCCGUGCCGCUGUGCAGGUGUGGAGAUGCAGGUGUAGAGAAAGCGGGAGGUUGGAGACCGCAAAGCUUGUCCGGUCCCGGAGGCUGCUGGUGAUCGAUGAUGGUGGUGGAUUUUGCGAUCGAGCCUCAUGCCUUAUGUAAUUGUAGGAUUA